CAAUAGAAUGGUGGUCAAAUGGCGUCGUCCUUUAUCGAUGACCUUCUCGGCAAAAAAAUCGAUGAAAAUGAAGUCAGUGCGAUGAGAGGAUCGCUAGAAAGUCAACUAGCGUCUUCUACAGUCUCUAGCUCAACUCAAAAUGAAUCAAAGCAAGUUUAUUCACCGGCCAAGGCUUCAUCACAGCCAUCGAAUGUUUCAAGCAAACAGUCGAAGCAAAGUAGCCCGAUUUCGAGCCAUUCGGCGAAUCUUCGUUCAGGUAUCCCGGCGGCACGCGUUCCCGCGACUACAACAGUGAUUCAUAUUGCACCUCGACCAACUCCUAGCACUGCUGUGCCUUUAAGACCAAAURCUAUGGUUUUACCUGCUGGAUAUGUUAACGUUACGGCGAUAAAUGCAGCCGAACUUCUAAAUAGAACCAAUGUGAACAUGAUCAAUGCUUCCCAACUGCUCGCGCCGAGAAUGAUGACUGGGGUUACAGUACCCAGUCAAGGACAACCAAUCGCACCUCGUAUUAUACCUUCAAUUCAACCACGUUUGCCAACGGGAGCAAUUUCUCCAGCWAUUUCACAAUUACAAGCUCCAGGAGUGCAUAUUUCAAAAGAUAGCAAAACUGGCCGUAUAACGAUCACCCAAGAUCCAUCGGCCAUUGCUACUACUACAAACAACGGCGUGACAAAUUCGACCGUCCCUAUAAGUAAUCUAGCGCAGGGACAUAAUGCUGCAAAUGUGAAAAAUAUGGUAGGCAAUGCGGCAUUCAGAAUGCCAAAUCCAUUGCAACUUGUAAAGAAUCAAACAAGUGUUGCUACAAGCAAUGCCCACCCUGGAAUUGUGGUCACAACCACAACUCCAGCAGCUACAACUUUAAGCUACCAGAAUUCAACAAAUUCGAUUGUUACAACUACCACGGCAAAGCCUGUGGCAGCUGUAACUGUUCCGCAAACUAGUAUUGCACAGGUUCCCAUGGCGCAACCACAGGCCAGGGCACACUUAGAAGAACAAGCUACAAAAUUAAAGAAUUUUUUCAAUAAUCUUAUCCGGCUUGCUGCUGAAAAAUCACCCGAAGUUGGACCAGCUGUUAAAGACUUGAUUCAAAAAGUUAUGGAAGGGAAGCUCACUGAAGAUGAAUUUGCAGCUAAGCUGCUUACCACGCUCAGUUCCGGGCCACAGCCAAACCUGGUUGGCUUCUUAAAGAAAGCAUUGCCCAUGUUACGAGCUCAAGCAGGAGCACAAAUUCAGCAACAGCAACAACAGCAAACACCACAACAACAGCAGCAACAACGUACACCAGCUCAGCAACAACAAGCAAUAGGGAACUCAGUGACUCCCAAGCCUGCCUACAAUACCCAGUCCCCUCAAAGGAUGAUUACAGCCUUGCCGCAACAGAGACCACUUACACCGUCAACSACACAAAAUCAACAGCAAUUAAGAGUACACUUAACACCUCACCAACAACAAUUACUUAUGCAGAAUACACCUGUGGUGACGCUUACACCAGCUCAGCAACAGCUGUUCCGUCGCCAGCAACAACUUGGAUCACAAAGAGUUCUUAUUUCGCCUUCUAAUUCAGCAASUGGGUCAGGGACACAGAUACCAGCAAGAAGCAUAGUCAUGGUUCAGAACAGRCCUGGGGUUGGGAUUACUACUGCAGGUGGAGUGAAAACUGUGCUGGCAACACAGGUAAAGCCCCAAGCUGCCUCUGCUCCUGGUGCAGAUAAGACAAAACACAAAGCUGGACAUGCUGGGAUCAGCAGUAGUGGCGAUGAUGACAUCAAUGAUGUCACUUCAAUGGCAGGCGUCAAUCUYAUGGAAGAGAGUCAAAGAAUACUAGCUAUUAAUUCAGAUCUACUCAGCUCCCAAACAAGAAGUUGUCGAGAUGAGAUUUUUCUCUAUUCAGAACCUUUACAAAAGAAAUUAGAAUCAUUAGUCAAAAAACAUGGUAUUACCGGGAUUUCACAAGAUGUAUGUGGUCUUAUUUCGCAUGCGACGCAAGAACGACUUAGAGAUACACUAGAAAAAUUAUCKGUGAUUAGUUUAAAUCGACCAGAGAACUAUAGGGAUGACCCGAAAUAUGAAGCAUUAUCGGAAACCAAGGCGCAGAUCCGUGUCUUUGAGCAAAUCGACGAAGUUGAACGUAAAAAACGAGAACUUCGAGAGCGUGAAGUGCUCAUGCGCGCCGCAAAGAGCCGAUCGAGACAAGAAGAUCCAGAACAAGCAAGACUGAAGGAAAAGGCAAAACAGCUUCAGCAAGAGGAGGAAGAAAUUAUACGAAAACGAGAAGCUAACAACACAGCUUUAGCAGCCAUUGGACCGAGAAAGAAAAGAAAAUUAGACGAAGCUUUAGAAGGAUAUAAUUCAUCGCCGGGCUCCUCUUCGUCCAGUGCCGCUUUCAACUCGCCUCGAAGUGCAUAUGGAAAUCGACCACAGAGAACAAGGCGCGUUACACUUAAAGACCUUGUAUUUGUUCUGGAACAAGAAAAAGARACUUCUAAAUCGAACUUAUUAUACAAAGCUCUUCUUAAGUGACAACGCAUGCGCUGGCGAUGUGAAUAUUUGGUUCUCACUUGAUACACUGACUACACAUGCGCAGUACUUAAAUAUAUAUUUUCGACUCUCAAAUCGUACUACGAWAACUACAUCAGAAUGGCAACAUUACGCCCUUUGGUUUCAAGUGAAUAAGCAUGCGCAGUUACAAWUAUAGUGAGUAAUUGUUUGACUCCCACACGGUACAGCGACAACAAAAUGAACUKAAUUGCAAYCGGUGCUCAUCUUUUACUUUUGCGACUACACAUGCGCAGAUACCGAUAUCUCGACUUAGGGUUUGUAACCCACAUGGUACAACAAAGACACUUCUAAAUCCUACAAUUAUACACAUGGGAAUACAUUUUSAUUUGGAGUACAAAUGACGGCAAAGAUGUUUUGCUUUGGCUCCUAAAUCAAGCUACACGAUCCUAAAGUGAAGAAGAAAUAUUCGUUGGAACGACGAUUUCAUAAAAAGAGAAUAAAAAAAGAUGAAUGUCCUCAUAAGAUAAACUAUCUGCGGUCAGUCCAUUGAGAAUUACAUACACCUUACGUGUAUUUUCUGUGAAGAACAUCAAAUGGUUAUUCCUCUUAACACUUCACAGACGAUAAUGGCUUUAUUAACACAAUAUACUGAGAAUUAUAUAGUGCUGGGCACAAGUCAGUGUGUAUGACGUGUAAGGAUCCUCAUUCUGGUAUUUGGUCAACUCUCGUCGUUGGAAUGAGUAACGUUAAAUGAUACAAUACUCUCGACCAAUUGUGAUUUGUUGGGAUACAAAUUUAACUGGGUGAUUCUUUAGCUUCCCAAACAGAAGUCUUUUUAUGACCCUCGGUUAAAUCUGAUUUGACGUCGCAUAUAACGCUCGUGAGCUGACUGUAUCUCGGCAGUUUUUCGAAUAGUAAAGGGGCUUUAAGAUAGAGGACGCCAAGGCUCUGCGACGCGGUCGGACUUGCAUCUUCAAUGAAAUGGCAAUAAUCUGUAUGUUGUGCAGCGUGUCAUGGACGAAAAGCGGCACAGUAUCGAUGUUAUGUUGAAAAUGUUUAUUCGACAAUACCUAGUAUUUCUACCAAUUUUCUACAUAWUUUUUUAAAUUAGCUAAGUUUAAUUUAAACGACGAGAAAGUGUUUUUUUUCAAUGGAUAAAAACUCUAAGGGCRCUUCCCUAAACGUUUCUAUGAACAUUAGAAAGACUGUGAAAUGUUAUGCGUACCCUAUCGCGUCGGAGGUCUGCCGCGUCCUCUGUCUUAAACUCCCUUCAUACUUUGCGAGGAACGUCAUUAUGAUAUCUUGCUGUGACAUCCCGAACAUUGACCGUAAAAGAAAAUUACUGYCAGUUUUCCUGAAUGUAACUAUAGAUGCGCUCCCCAGGCUAACUGUUUGCUGUUAUUCGCAGUAUAGUGCAGUUUUACGAGACGAGCCUGAGUAUCUAGUCACGUGGUACAACUUUGUGACGUCGCAAGUUACGUCACAUGACUGACAUCAAUCAAAAUAUGUAUUUUAAAAAGUGCAAACACUAAAAGCGUGAAAAAGUAGAUUGACUUAAUUCGUGAAACGAAAAUUGUGACAAAUAGCGUUAAAUUACGUCAAUUUCUUUGUUUUCUAUUGUCAAAUCAAGACUGUUUAGUAGUACUAACUAGUAUUUGUUUCACGGAUUUAGUUCGUCCACUCUACUUAACAAGUAAUGCUAAUUAGGGUAAUAUAUAAACAAUUGAAAAGGAAGGAAUCUGCAUAGAUUGAAGUAAAAAAAAAACCCGUGAAAUAGAUAUAUUUUACUGAGUAUACACUUUAGUACGCUCUAAUUGCAUUGUUUUCUUUUAUGUCUAUUUGUCUAUCACACUUUUUAAAUUGUCUAAUUUUGUUUCACAGGUUUAAUGACUUCAUUCUAAUCCAGUACAAUUUAGCACUAUUUUAUUACUAAAGUUUUUCAUGGUUUUAGUGUUAGCACUCUAUUUCUUAAAUGAUCUCUAAACGCACCUUGUAAUGCAUGGUGGUAAUGAUAUGCAGCGCCUCUGAUCUUUUGUUAUGACGUAACRUGACGUCAUUUUAUUGUAUUCGUCCAAA